CAUAAACAAAGUAUCACAGUAAAUUUUUUUGUUUUUCCAAAGUGUGAUCACAUUACUAUCACAUAGAUGUUUUUAUACAUACUUGUGUGUUCAACCGUAGCGCGUUUUGACCAUUCGGUAACCAUGCUACUAAAUUUAGCACAUGACGCGCGCACUAUGAAUAACAACAUCACACCUAGUGAAUGGGUGAUUAGUUUCCACGCUGGAUCGAGUAUUACACAUCCUGACUGGUGAUGACUCAGAGCUGGAAUAUAUAAACCUCGCGGUUUUGAAAGAGAGUGCCAGUUGAGGACACAAACUCGAACGCGGAGAACAUUUGAGAAUACAAGCUCGACAGCGCUGGAUAAAAAUUUGAUCAAGUUCAAAAGCUUUCAUAAUGUUGCCAAUGCUACCAGGGAUUCAAGAGUUGGUCAAAGUCAUGAGAAGCGAUCAUUCUGAGUAUAUAAACUCAGAUAUUUUAGCAUCGAGUGGGCUCCGGUAUCGCAAUGAUUUCGUUGACCCUGACAACGUGUCUAAAACUGUUAUCCCGAAUGGCGUGCAACGUAAUACACUCGCUGGUCAAGCAUAUGGUACAACUACAGACGCUGCCCUACCUGAUGUAGUGCGAGAUAGUAUCUUUCAGCCCACGGAACCCAAGCCUGAUGUUGUCGCCUCUCAAUUGCACGAGUUUCCUAAUUUCUCCAAGAAUUCAACCAGUUUCUCGGAAGCUCAGACGAUACAAACACCAAAGCCUGUCUACACUGUGUUAGCUUCCAAGAAGAAGCUUCAUUCCACGAAACCGAACACGAGAAGUCCUGGAAUAAACGAGCUUUCAAAAUCGACCAUGAAUUCAACCAGUCCCUCGGAAAUUCAUAAGACAUCGCCAAAACCUAGCUACACUGUGUUCACUUCGAAAGACAUGUUUCCUCCAGCAAGACCUAAUCCUGAGCUCAUGACCACUGGACCAAACGAGCUUUCAGAAUCGACCGUGAAAUUAACCAGUCCCUUAGUUCUAACCUCAAAUACCAUGUUCCCUUCUGCGAGAUCCAACCCUGAUCCCGUAAAUACUGGACCAAACGAGCCUUCAAGACCAGCCACAAACCAACCUGCGUGUUACUCUACGAACGUGAAAUUUCAAAUGAUACUACCAAAGCCUAUCUACACCGAACCGAUUCGAAAUACCAAGACUAAAUGUUCUUCAGCGAGUCCUCUGUUGUAUCAACUGCUAAAAAGGAACACUCCUUCAAUCGCGAGUGCUUGUGUGACCUCAAAAACCCAGCUGACAUCAUCGAACCUGGUAAUUCCAACCUCAAACAAGAAUACCAUCUGCUCUCCCAUCAAACCUACUCCUCCAAACUCUGGAUUAAACACUCUUCCAAAAUCGAACAGUAAUUACACCAAGUCCUAUCCACAAUUCCAACAAACCCCAACCCAAGUUGUCACCAUUGUCCCUUCCUCCACCAAGGGGCAGAAUUGCUGUACCAAGUCCGUUACCAAAGCAAGUACGAAGUCAAAGAACCGUCAGUCAACGAGCAAGCGAGUGGGAAGCUGUGUUUCUCAUGAGUCGAGCUGUGAUGGCAAUUUGGGCGAUGUCAAAGUGAAGCUGGCAAAAGAAGAGCUGUGGAAAUUAAUUUAUGACCAAGGAAAUGAAAUGAUUGUGGCGAAAAAUGGAAGGUACGUUGAUGUCUUUAUUUGUUUAGUGUUUAGUGUUUAGUGUUUAAUGGUUUGUGUAUAUUUAAUGCUGUAUCAAUAGCUCGUGUUUAUUCGGUUGUUUGUUAUAAUGCUUUUUUUGAGGUGAAGUUAAUCCGAUAGUUAAGCCUGGUUUCCAUAUGGUCGUAACGGUCGUAAAGAUUGAGUCACGAUCUUUCUCAUCAGCCGAAAUAUAACAUUUUAGGACUGAAAAUACGCGGAGUGAUUAUAACUAGAGAAUAUUUAUGAUUUAUAUGUGGUUUACAGGUAUAAAUUAUUAUAAACUUGCCGUUGAGAAAGAUCGUGACUCUAUUUUUAUGACGAUUACGACCAUAGGAAAACCAGGCUUAAUCAGACUGAAAAAUAGUUUUAAUUCGUUUCAUUUGAGAGAGUCAGAUUUGACUUCCACUACCGCUAAUUGGUUAAUCGAAUAUAUCAAACGCAUCUGAUUGGUUAAUCGGAUAUAUCAAACGCAUCUGAUUGGUUAAUCGGAUAUAUCAAACGCAUCUGAUUGGUUAAUCGGAUAUAUCAAACGCAUCUGAUUGGUUAAUCGGAUAUAUCAAACGCAUCUGAUUGGUUAAUCGGAUAUAUCAAACGCAUCUGAUUGGUUAAUCGAAUAUAUCAAACGCAUCUGAUUGGUUAAUUGGAUAUAUCAAACGCAGCUGCUUGGUUAAUCGGAUAUAUCAAACGCAUCUGAUUGGUUAAUAGAAUAGUAGCGGUAAACGCAUCUGAUUGGUUAAUUGGAUAUAUCAAACGCAGCUGCUUGGUUAAUCGGAUAUAUCAAACGCAUCUGAUUGGUUAAUAGUCCAUUAAUAGUAGCGGUAGUGGAAGUCGAAUCUGAACCUCGCUAUUGUAUGUAGUAGUGACGUAUUUCCUGAAAGAGUCCACAGUUCUGAAUGUGUCCACCAUCAUGCCCUGUCAAGUUUACUGAAACCCCAUUUAACUUUUUUUGUGGAAACACAACGUAAAUCAGGGCUCGAAAUAGCGGCCUACCAAUGGCCAAACGCAGGCCAUAUUUCAGAAAUGGCAGGCGAAAACAAAAUAGGCAAUUCCAGCUUUUAGUUUAUGCCUGCAGGGGAUGAUGGGAAGUAAGGUAUUAUAUUGCUGAUUAUGCUGAAAAAUUUCAAUAAAAACUACCGAAACAACCGAAAUAUUUCAAUAUUUACAAGUAUAAGCUAUCACUCCGUGUUUACACGGCCAUCAUUUUUAUUUUUUCCGCAUAAUCACCAAUGUGAUUGCCUUACUUCCCAUCGUCCCUUGCACGCAUAAACUAAAAGCUGCAAUUACCUAUUGUGUCCAGUGGUUGAGGACACAAUCGAUUUGCAGUUCGUCAUUUUUAGUUAACGAUUUGCCUUAACGCCAAUCUUACGGUCCCUUAAAUAGUUAAAUAAAAGAUAUAAAUGAUUGAUAUGCAUGAAAAAUCAACAUUUAACCUUUUUAUCAUACCUGAAUGAGACUGUUUUGGCAGUUCAAAAAUAAAAAUAGCAGACUAUAAUUUAUUUGACCUGCCAAAAAAAUAGUUGGGCAGGCCAAAUGUUUUUCCUAUUUCGAGCGCUGAUGUAAGUCAACUAAAAGUUUCAUAUUAUUUCUAGACCAAUGUUUCCAACACUCGAGCUGAGUGUAUCAGGACUUGGCGCAGACGAAAUGUACAGCAUCUCAGUGAGGUUCAUCUGUGUGGACAAAUACCGCUACUAUUUCUAUACUUCCUGUGGAAAAUGGGGUCCAACGUAUGAGGACAGACAUCAGCCUGCACAUUCAAGGUGUUUCGAACAUCCCGCGUCGCCUACGAACGGGCAUAAUUGGAGUGAGAAGCCGCUGACGUUCAGAGAACUACGGCUCACUAAUCGAGCCACGAAAGCCAAAAAUAUGGUGAGUGUUAUGUAUGGUUUCUGACUCCGUUAUUUUUAAAUAUCUAACUGACUAAUAUGAAGAGCUUAUCAUUUAUACACUGUUCUUAGUGGUCCAGUUUAUUAUAUUACAGGAAGAAAACUAAACAGACUCACUUUAUUUGUUCUGGGUUGUUAUUUAUACUGGAUAGCUCUAUCAGUUCUAAACUGUUCUUCUUAGAGGUCCAGUAAGGGUCACCUCUUAUUGAUCCAGUGUUACUACAGGAGGAAACCUAAAACUAAACUAACAUUUAUACUGGAUAGCUCUAUCACUUCUAAACUGUUCUCCCUAAAGGUCCAGUAAGAGUCAUCUCUUAUUGAUCCAGUGUUACUACAGGAGGAAACCUAAACUAAACUAAACUAACUUUAUUUAUACUGGAUAGCUCUAUCAGUUCUAAACUGUUCUUCUUAGAGGUGCAGUAAGUGUCACCUCUUAUUGAUCUAGUGUUACUACAGGAGGAAACCGAAACUAAACUAACUUUAUUUAUACUGGAUAGCUCUAUCAGUUCUAAACUGUUCUCCCUAAAGGUCCAGCCAGAGUCCAGCCAGAGUCAUCUCUUAGUGAUCCAGUGUUACUACAGGAGGAAACCUAAACUAUACUAACUAUAUUUACACUGUCAUAUAAGGUUGUUCUAACAAGUCUGACACAGUCUGAUUUAACAAGAAUGUUACGAGGUUGACGACAAUAGCUCUAUCAGUUCUAAACUGUUCUCCCUAAAGGUCCAGCCAGAGUCAUCUCUUAGUGAUCCAGUGUUACUACAGGAGGAAACCUAAACUAUACUAACUAUAUUUACACUGUCAUAUAAGGUUGUUCUAACAAGUCUGACACAGUCUGAUUUAACAAGAAUGUUACGAGGUUGACGACACAAGGCUGUAACAAUAUUGUUAUAUCAUGACUGUGUCAUGACUUGUUGGAACAACCUUGCAACAAGUCUGAUAACAUCAACUACAGUAGGUUGUUACAAGUUGUUAACAGGUUGUCCCAUACUUGUUGACAACUUGGGACAAGCAGUGCGAACACAACUUGUUGACGGCUUGUUGGCAGACUUGCUACAAGAUAUGAAAUUUUUACGUGUGUGAGUAGAUUAAAAAGAUGAACUUUUAGUAUUUUCCCUUUCGUAGGUUUAUGCACCAACAUUGAGGAAGCAUCGUGUUCAGUUAGUAGUUACCAUGCUCCGGUGUUCGCGCUGUCGUACUGAACACACACGUUAUAUCGACAUACCACUGACCGAGUUCAUCGCCGUCUCAAGCUACUACAGUGUGAAAGUGACAGAACUGAAGAUAGCCUACAAUCCUUUGGCUAAGACAAGGUGUCCUCAACGCAAAAGAAAGAAUUGCAAUCGUAAGAGGUAUGCAAAAGUUGAGUAUGUACAUAAUAUAUAAUAAGCCAAGAGCUAAAGGCAAUAGACGUUUCCCCGUAUGAGUGAAAUUUUGAUCUAGACGAGUCUAGACAAAAAUUUGAAAGAGCAUCACACAAUUAGUAAUAUUCCGAAGUUUCGUUGCAAAAUGUUGUAAAAUGCGGAUAAUAUAGCCCUGCGAAGUUUGACGUUUUUCAGUCAUUUUGCAUUACAAACGGGAAAUUGGUAAUCAGAUGAUCAAACUGAUUAUCAAUUUCCCAUUUGUAAUACAAAAUGACUGAAAAACGGCAACCUUCGCAGGGCUAUAUUAUGCUCAUUUUACAACAUUUUGCAACGAAACUUCGGAAUAUUACUAAUUUUGUGAUGCUCUUUCAACUUUUUGUCUAGACUUGUCUAGAUCAAAAUUUCACUCAUAAGGGGAAAUGUCUAUUGUUACAUUUCGUUACGUUGUUAUUCGGCUCACUCCCCAUUGGGACUUUUCAGUGACUGAUUACGUUGUCAGGUAUCACGCUUAUGCUCAUGUUUCUUACUUAGCCUAGACUAUUUAUCUUUACAACUAUUGUGAUAUUACUUUCCUAACUGUGUUUAUUCUAACCCACCCUGUCAACUUUCCCUGUGGGAGGAAACCGGAGCACCCAAAGAAAACCCACGACUUUCGGUAGAACGUUGACAGACUCUUAACACAUGAGUCACCUUCAAAGACUCUGUCUUUUUAUAGACAUAGUUAGUAAAUAGAUAGUAAUUAAUUCUCUAUAAUUUAUAACUUUUGUAUAUAUCUCUAAGUGCACGACCCCACAAGCUUAUGCUUUAAACAUCAUCGUGCUUAAAUAAAGUCAUAUUAUUAUUAUUAUAAUAUUAUUAUUAUUAGUCCCAGGGGCGUAGGAAGCAUCAAAAGAUUGGGGGCACCGGCUUCUAGGGGCACUUUAUGGUAUUGAAAAGGGCACCUAAAAAAUUUUCCCCCGAAAUGUUGGCGACGGGGGAGGGGGGGGAUUUUCCAGUCGUACCAUACCAAGAUUGCACGUUUUUGACCAAAUUUUUUUUAAAAACUUGGAAAUUUCCAAACAAAAAGGGCACCUUUGAUGUUAAUUUAGUAUUUACAGCUACAUUAGCUUGUACAAAAAGGGUACUUUUCAUCACAAAAAAGGGCACUUUUCAUCACAAAAAAAGGGCACUUUUAGUCCUUUGCAAAAAUUGGUGGGGGGGGCACGUGCCCCCCGUGCCCCCCGGUUCCUAGGCCCCUGAUUAGUCCGUAGCGAGAAUCGAACCCGCGAUCUCAGGUGAAAGGCGCUUGUUCUGAUGAGUGCGCCACCGAAGCCUUCAAGUUAUCUUGAUUAUGCGAAGAGUUUAACAUUUUAAAUGUACCUUAAAUUCGCACAUAAAGGCUACAAUUUCCACUAUACUGGAUAGCUUUUCGUAGCGGCGCGAAAAAACACCUCUCCGAUACGGAAUGUACAACUUUCAGAAACUGAGCGAAACAACAUUUCUCCCUUGCAAUAAUCCCUCUGAAAAUACUGAUUCGUUCCUAAAAGAACGGAUACAGAGGAUAGGUGUUUUUUUCACGUCGCUACCUAAAGCUAGCCGAUACAGUGUAAACGUAAAACUUAUUGUCAUCAUUAUUUAUAUUUUUGUGCAGUCCUGAGGACGUUCCGACAAGCAGAACAAAAAAGCAAAAGACUGGCGAUGGUACUGAGAACAAAAUCUCGGAAACAAAUCUUCUAGCCUCCGCUUUGUUGCCUCAGCCAAUCAAUUCGUCAGACUCGACCCACGUGACCAUGUUACACAACGAGCACCUUUCUACCGCCACAAGUACCCAGCUAUCAACUAUGCCGAACACCUUCAGUAUCCUUCAAAGUACAUCAAAUUCAAAGUUACCCACUAUACUAUCCUUUGUGACCCCAAGUGUACUUCAAAGUACCUCGAGUUCCCUAAAUAUCCUGCCAAGUACAUCAAGUUCCCAGUUACCACCCAUAUCGAGUCAAACCACUAUAAUCUCGUCCUCGUCAAGUAUCGAGCCAGCAAGACCCUUCCUACCCUUAUCUACUUCCACAUAUCUACAACCUCCUAUGAUAAAGGCUACGGGUGACCCAAAGAUGCUUUCUCAGAAUACCCUGACUGCCAAGGAACAGUGCAAUACCGUAUACACAUGUCAGAUCACAAAGCCAACUGCGCAUGUUCAGACUGACGACGACAUACUGGAAUAUAUCAAGAUCUAUCUCUCGCCGUUUCUAACUUCAGAAAAGAACGAAGUAUUUGAUUCGUCUGUUUUUGAUGAACUGUUUAAUGUCAACUAUAUCUCUGAGAAAUUGGACAAUUUUGACUUAAUACAACAUUUACCGCUGUGCUAAAGAACUAUACCGAGUAUUGAACUGUAUUAGAGUUUUCAACUUUCUUGCCAUAUGUAGAUAUUAAGAUUUUUUGGUAAUUCUUUUGAAUGUUAAAAUUCAAAAGUUA